AUGAUCGUCAGACCACGCUGGGCAGACGUCGUGGAUUCCGAUGAGGAUGCUGCGACCUUGCCGCGACCACGACCUCCGGGGCAACUACCAUUCUACCUGAUCUUGGAUGUCUACUUGCGCGGCUUGUUUCGGCGAGAUGUUUCGCGCGGAGCCUUGACGCGCUUGCAGCGGCUGCUUCGCACAGAUCCUCGGGCGGCAUCGCUGCCCCUGGGCGUUCGUGAUGUUGUCUGCUGCCUUUGUUUCCGUCCGCCGGAAAUUCGUCGUCAGGUGCGCAGCUUUGUUGCGGCGGUCAUCAACAUGCAGUGCUCCCCGGCCACUGCGCGCGUGUGGCAAGCAUGGCUCCAGCUGCAAACUUUCUACGACCCACCGACGCUAGCGGCUCGACUCUUCACAAUGUUGAGUCUGAUUGUCAUGGAAACGGCUUGUCUGGAUGUUCUCUCGCACUUUGGUACGUUGCAUUCAUGCAUCUCCACUCAGUGCCUCAAGCGCAGAACCGCGUAUCUGCAUUCUGGCGUACCGUCGCUGCGCGCCAUGCUUGGCCUGCCCCGUGAGUGCGUCUCCUUUCUUCUUUCGCUGCUGGGCGUUGCGGGCGCCCCUGCAUUGAUCCUUACUACCCCGGCGAGUGUCACCCCACAGGACGUGGAAGCUGUGCGUGCAGCGUAUGUUGCAGCUGCGCGCACGUUUGCCCUCCCGUGGCAAAUCCGGGCAUUGGUGCGAGCGGCAAAUGCAACUGCGUGCCUGCCUGCAGCCUAUUUACGGCUUUGCCGAGCAGUGUUCAUGGUCGUUCGCUUGUGCUUUCGCCCCGUGCGCGCUCCUGGUGUGCGCCUGGCCUAUCCGUGCUUCGGCGAGGCAGCACCAGGUUGCUUGCAGCUGGCGAGCCCUCGCAGCAGCCGAAGCGCUUUUGCGGUCCUCUUUGAGGCUUUGGGCUUCCGUCCCCCCCCGCCGGAAGACGGCCACGACCUCAACUACGACUUGCUCCUUGCUGGGCUCCCUGCCGACCCUCGUGUCGCCUGGCUGCGGCUCAAUCGCGGGUCCUUCACGGUGCGUCGUAUUCUGGCGCUCUUGCGUCUGGGCACCCACGCCAUACACUUUUAUCAUCGUGCCCCGGAGGUGGAUCGGCCACCGGCCUUUGUCAUCACAUUUGGUGUCCUCGGUGUUUCCGGGUGUUUUGUCGCCCUGGAGCCAGAUGCUGACGUCGCUACCUUCUUCUUACCGUGA